AUGUGGGCAUACGGACUGCUACUGAGGCGGGGGAAACCGACGCCCCCGGCGGGGGAAACCGACGCCCCCGGCGGGGGAAACCGACGCCCCCGGCGGGGGAAACCGACGCCCCCGGCGGGGGAAACCGACGCCCCCGGCGGGGGGAAACCGACGCCCCCGGCGGGGGAAACCGACGCCCCCGGCGGGGGAAACCGACGCCCCCGGCGGGGGAAACCGACGCCCCCGGCGGGGGAAACCGACGCCCCCCGGCGGGGGAAACCGACGCCCCCGGCGGGGGAAACCGACGCCCCCGGCGGGGGAAACCGACGCCCCCGGCGGGGGAAACCGACGCCCCCGGCGGGGGGAAAACGACGCCCCCGGCGGGGGAAACCGACGCCCCCGGCGGGGGAAACCGACGCCCCCGGCGGGGGAAACCGACGCCCCCGAAAUGUUUGUGGAAGCGCACUUCACAAUGUUGAUAUUGUGCUGGACUAUACACAAGCACUGUAA